GGCUAAUAUGGUAGAUUGGUAGAUGGCGGGAGUGAUCUCGUGUGAUAUAAUUGUGUUAGCUUAGUUUUAAAUUUUUAGUGUUAAAUAGUUAUUAAAAUGACUAGAGCUAAAAUAGAACUCGGCGACGUGACACCGCAUAAUAUAAAGCAACUAAAGAAGUUAAACACAGUCGUAUUUCCAGUGUCCUAUAAUGACAAAUUCUACAAAGAUGUUUUGGAAGCAGGAGAGCUGGCGAAGUUAGCUUAUUACAAUGAUAUCGUUGUGGGAGCAGUGUGCUGUAGGAUAGACACGUCAGAUAAUUCGCGAAGACUGUACAUAAUGACCCUGGGCUGUUUAUAUCCUUAUAGAAGACUGGGCAUAGGUACAUUGAUGGUGGAACAUGUGCUCAAAUAUGUUGAACAGGAUGGCAAUUUUGACAGCAUUUUUUUACAUGUGCAAGUAAAUAAUGAGGGAGCUAUUGACUUUUAUAAAAAGUUCGGGUUUGAAAUUGUUGAAACAAAAGAGCAUUACUAUAAGAGAAUAGAACCGGCGGACGCGCAUGUACUACAGAAGACAAUCAGAGAACCACAGGCCGCAACUCCCUUAGUUAAUGGAUCUGUGCCACAUGCAAAAACAAAUGGACAUGAUUGAACGUCAAACUCUUUCCCUAUCCAUGUCUAAAUGCUGAUAUCAUUGUGAAAAAAAGUGAUAAAAUAGAUGAUAUAAGGAUUGUAUUCAAGUCAAUGUUUAUCUCUACUGAAUGGAAAUUAAGUUACACUUGUAAAGAACAGGUUUAGUAUAGGUUGUGGUUGUGGACAUAUGAGGCCAUAAAAUAGUUCAUAGACUGAAAAUUUUCUGACUUCAAGUCUUCGUGUUGUAUAGAUUCUUUCAAAGUGCUCACAACUUGUUGACUGAAGAAUACAAUGGCGAUUUACAGCAUGCUUUCAAUAGUCUCAUUCUACUGAUACAUAAAAUUUGUAACAAAUAUUUGAGGUUUGGAUAAAUGUAAAAUAAUGAUGACUUUAGCUCUAGGCAUUCUUUUAACUACAUUUCACUGCAUAUAAAUUAUGUUUACUGUAACAUUAUACUAAAAAUGUAACUGUUUAAUUAAAGUUGUUUUAUUAUCGUUUUUUAAAUAUAAUUUUUCAAGUCUAAAAAAUUUAACAAGGAUCACCUCUCAUUUAAUUGGUAUUCUGUUUUAAAAUGGUUAUUGUAAACUGUUCAAACACCUGAGUAGAUCUUUUUGCGUAAAUUCAUUGACUUAUUGUUGUCCAAAACUGAAUUAUUUAUACAUUUUUAUUCUUUUUUUAUUUAUAAGGAGAAAUAAAAUUUUAUUAAACUUAUUUAAAUCCCAUUUGAGUUGUCAAAAGAUAUAUCCUGUACAUGUGUGUGACAACACUGAAAAUUGUUACCAAAAAGUCAAUUUGUCAAAUAUUCUGUAACAUAAUUUGUUGAUUAUCAUGUUUCCUUGCAACUUUUAGAGUUAGUAUAAUAAACACGAAUUACAUUUUAUGAUGCAUUUUCUUAAUUUCAUAUAUUUAUAAAACUUAUUUAUUAAUAAUCAUAUCGUACAAGGGAAUUCAACGGGCUUAGAGCUUUAGAGCAUCAUUUCUCGAACAAGAGGUCCAACAGAGAUCUAUCAGGUCGCGAACUGUUAAGAAUAAGGCACUUAUUUAAAAAUCCAUUUAAUUAAAUUCGUAAUGAAGGAUGGAGGCCUCACAACUUUUUCUUUUAAGAAGUAAAUUAUUUAACAGAUUUCAUGGCGGGGCAAAUUUCAAGUUAAAUUGUUAUAAAAAAAAAUAUAGAGAUAAUGUUUCUUUCUGAAAUAUUAUAUUUUAUAAUAGUUAGACAUGGAAAAAAGCGAACUACGGAUAUUCUUUAAAGUUAAAGAAUUAAAAGCAGAUUU